UUUAACUGUACAUAGCUUUAACUGCACACGGUAAAAAAAAAAAAAAGACGGAGCGUAUGAAAUAUUAUUGAAGAUAAAUCUGAAAGCCCAAUGAUAAUAAGGCCCAUUAUACACACUAAAUGUUAUUUAACGAGGCCCGUUAAUAAAACAAACAGCGUAGAUUCUCGUCGAAGCCAGUAAACACCACCGUCGUCCGUCUACGUAGCUACAUUCUCAGGUUUCUUCUCCGUUAGGAAAGCUCCGAAGUUCCACUCUAAUUUCUCCGAUGUCGAUCUUCGAGUACAACGGAAGUGCCUUGGUGGCUAUGGUAGGGAAGAACUGCUUCGCCAUCGCAAGUGAUCGAAGGCUCGGUGUGCAGCUACAGACCAUCGCCACCGAUUUCAAGAGAAUCUCGAAGAUCCACGAUCAUCUCUUCAUCGGCCUUUCCGGUCUCGCCACUGAUGUCUAGACACUGUACCAGAGACUCGUGUUUCGUCAUAAGCUGUAUCAGCUUCGGGAAGAGAGAGGCAUGAAGCCUGAGACUUUCGCUAGUCUUGUCUCCGCCAUUCUUUAUGAGAAAAGGUUUGGUCCAUACUUGUGCCAACCUGUGAUUGCUGGAUUGGGAGAAGAUGAUAAACCUUUCAUUUGCACUAUGGAUUCGAUUGGAGCCAAGGAGUUGGCUAAAGAUUUUGUUGUGUCUGGAACUGCUUCAGUCAAACCAGAUAUGGAAGCUGAGGAAUUGUUUGAGACAAUUUCACAAGCACUUCUCUCUUCAGUUGACCGCGAUUGUCUGAGUGGAUGGGGAGGACAUGUCUACGUUGUAACACCAAAUGAAAUCAAGGAGAGAAUCCUCAAGGGAAGGAUGGAUUGAUUUAAAAAUCACGUAUCUGCUGUUGUCCAAUUUCGGUCUACCGGAUUAAUCUGGUUUAAGUAGAAGAAACCUCUCGGUCACAUAGUAUCUGUUACUCCUCUUGAAACUGAAAAGUCGUAUCGGUUUACCGGUUUAAUCUGGUUUAAGUAGAACAAACCUCUCGGUCACAUAGUAUCUGUUACUCCUCUGAAACUGCAAUGUCGCAUCGGUUUACCUGUUUAAUGAUUUAAUCUAGAUGUUUGGUUCCAAUA